UCCCCCCUCCACUCCAUGUGUACCAGAGGUGCUCAUUCACUUCAUCAGUACCCUAAGAGAAAAUGGUUAUAACUGUUUGUUAUUUCAACCCAUCCGUCACUGAAAAGUAAGAAACUGUAAUAAUACUUUUCCCUUGACAACAUCUACAACUCCAAGAUGCAGUAACAUACACAAGCUAACAACUAAAUCUAUCAAAAUCAUUCCCUUGAGUCUUUAGGAAGUUAUUAAGUGGAAACCAAAUUUGUCACGGACCGAAAGACAGACGGAUCAAACUCUCAUGCGGGUUAUUAUUCAUGCGAUAUACCGUGAAGAAAGAAAGGCGGGGUUAGCAUGACCCAGGAAAUGGCGAGACUAAAUCAAUUUGGUAACCUUGAUGGUGAUAACUUCGGCACCGCCCUAUCUCCCCAGAUAUUCCUGUUACUGUCUUACUGUCUAUCUUGUUAAAUCUCCUUCUUUCCCAGUUUUUGUGUGAGACAGAUCAGAGGAAGCACGUACUUCCAGAGCACGUUAAAUAUGUCUGGACGUUAAUCAUUCCUGGUGCUUAUGAUAUACGUACAGUAAAAAUUAAUGUGGUGAAAUUUGCUCCUGGAAUUGACUAAUCGGCAACCCUUUUAUUUGGGUCUUGGUGUUAUAUAAAGUGGGACAACCCUUGGUUUGCCAUCACUUCUGCCCGACUCUCUCACUGACACAACAGAUCUUAGAAAAGAUGAAUCUGACGACUCUAGUGGCGGUGUUGUUGAAUGUGGCAGGACUCGGAACUCCCUACCCCCAGCAGUCCCACAGCACUGCCGCCAGCCGGAGGUUCUUCCUCCUUGACCUGCUGGGCUCCGCGCAAGGAGCCAUCUCCGGACUUUUCAAUCCUUUCGACAAGAACGACAAGUAUGGAAACCACGGAGGUUACGGCGGCGGUUACGGGCAUUAUGGCAAUUAUGGAAGUCAUGGCGAUUAUGGAGGUCAUGGCAAUUACGGAGGUCAUGGCAAUUACGGAGGACCUGGCAUGUACGGCCAACCUGGCACUUAUGGAGGAUCUGAGACUUACGGAAGACCUGGCAUCUACGGAAGCCAAAGCAAUAGUGGUGAUAAUGGCAACUAUGGCAGCUACGGCGGGUAUGGUUACAGUCAGUAUUACGGAAAUGGAUUCAACGCCUACUACCGCCCACCCUAUCUUGGGUAGAACCGUACACAGUGGGCAAAUAUGGCAACAAAGGCGACCUCCACUUAUGUUACAAUGACCAACACAACUUGAGCGACCAACACUGUCACCAUCACGGCACGACCACGGAGACGUUUCCGGGAGGUGCAGUACGGCGACAAUAAUGGAGAAUUAACAAAAAAUAUUCUUGUACUUUUUUUCAACUGCUAACAUUCAUUUUUACCUUUAAAUCGUUAUCGCGCUCAACACCCUUCUAUAAACUAUCUCUAAAUACAGUACUAACUAUACUCGCCAAGAUCACUAUUUUACUUUAUUUAAUAAGAUGUUGAAGAUAUAAAUGUUCCUUAAAAUAAAAUAGACAAUUAAA